GCCCCGCCGCGCACUGGCGUUUGACACACUGUUCCGACCACUCUCGAUCGCCAAGCUGACCUGUAAACGUUGUAAAAGCGUUCCAUCAUGUAUUUUCGGCAAUGCCAACGACGGGUGGCUGAAGGAAGCAUAUGUCACUGAGACUCAUGGGCUUGAGGAGCAUUUAUUCGCAGUAGGCCUCAGGAGGUGCAUCUGAUGAGCUCGCUAGUACCAUCGCUUCACUUCACAGUCAUCUAUUCAUCUUGCUGCCGGACAGCUCUUUCCCGUUUACAUCUUCUUUCAAUCCGCUAAUUAAUACACUCUCGAUAUGAAGGUCUCUCUGGAGUUGACUCUCGGUCUACUGGCCGUAUCGUGCGUAGAUGCAUUCGUCGUUCCCCCUCGCACGCUAUGGGCAACUAAAGCGAACCUUGCCUCUCGCUCGUAUCGCGCACACCCUGUCAGACGUGACGCAGACUUCCAGAGCCUGGACUCGUUGAUCAAUGGAGGAAGUCGCCGCCGCGAAGCUCAAAAGCAAGGUGGUGGUGGUGGCGGGGGUCUCACGAUAGGAGGUCUCACUCUAGGUGGCUCAGGCGGUGGUAUCACUGGCAACGGUCUCAAGCUCGGCGGAAAGCAGCAGGGUAAUGGUACUGCGGCAGCCGCCGAAGAGCCCAAGUCUGCAGCGACAGAGGAUGAAAAGCCCGCCGCCGCCGCCGAGAAACCUGCUACUAAGGGCGAGAAUCCUGCUAUCGCCGCAGAGCAAGAGCCAAAAGAAAGUGCUGCUGGUGCUGGCGCUGGUACGGACAAUCAGCCCGGACGCGCUGAAGGAGAAGCAGCAAGGAAAGAAGCUGAACAGGAAGCUCAAGAGGCCGAGGGUGAGAAGUCAAACGGUGUCAAGGCUACUGAAGAGUCUGAGAAGUUCUCUGAGGAAUCUGGUAUCACCCUCGGCGAGGACGGUGCCGCGGCGAACCUCGGUGGAAACUUAGGCAUCACGCAGGGCUCUGAUGGCAGUAAGUCAAUCGGUGGGUCAAACGGUAUCAACAUCGCCGCCAAUGGAGAAGCGACUCUAGCAGGUAAUGAGUGAUAAUGGACCGCUUGGGAACAUGAGGUUGUGCCAGCCGU